AUGAAGGAUCUAGGAGCUGCCUCCAGGAUUCUUGGGAUUGUCAUCUUAAGAGAUAGAAAGCAGUCGAGAUUAUGCUUAUCUCAAGAGACAUACCUAGUGAAGAUUCUUGACAAAGUUGGUAUGUCAAAUUCAAAGCCUGUUGUAACACCGACUAAUCCUCAGUUCAAGUUGAGUACGACUCAAAGUCCUAGUACUGAAGUAGAAACAGUCUAUAUGAAUAGCAUUCCAUAUGCUAGUAUAGUAGGUUCUUUGAUGUAUGUUAUGGUUUGUACGAGGCCAGACAUAACAUAUGCAAUGAUCCUUGUAAGCAGUUGGAAAGCAACAUUUCUUAAGGUUGUUGUCUUAUCAACCAUUGAAGUAGAAUCUAUUUCCCUCACUGAAGUUGUGAAAGAAGCAUUAUGGCUUGAAGGUUUUGCUAAGGAGCUGAAACUUCAAGGUCAAACAAUCAUUGUUAAAUGUGAUAUUCAAAGUGCUAUACAGUUGUCGAAGAAUUCAACCUAUCAUGAGCGAACCAAGCAUAUUGAUGUUCUUGCUACGAUUUUAACUUUGUGGUUAGCAGACAAAUCUGGUCGUCGGCUUUUACUUAUUGUUUCUUCAUCUGCAAUGGCUUUGAGUCUUUUGGUUGUUUCAAUAUCAUUCUACUUGAAGGAAUAUAUAUCACCAGAUUCUGAUUUAUAUGCGACAUUGAGCCUCGUAUCGGUGGCUGGAGUUGUGGUCAUGGUUAUUGCAUUCUCUCUGGGAUUAGGAGCAAUGCCAUGGAUUAUAAUGUCUGAGAUUCUUCCGAUUAACAUCAAAGGCCUAGCUGGAAGUUUUGCAACACUUGCCAAUUGGUUCUUUUCCUGGUUGGUUACAUUAACAACAAAUUUGCUCUUGGAUUGGAGUUCGGGAGGAACCUUCAAAAUAUAUACUGCAGUGUGUGUUUUCACAGCAGGAUUUGUUGCCAUUUGGGUCCCCGAGACAAAGGGAAAAACUCUUGAAGAAAUACAACAAAAUGGAGUGGUGAAAAACAGUGUGUUUGGGAAAGAUGAAGAUGAUAAUGUGAAUAGAGAGAUAGAGAUAUAG